CCUCUCUCCUAGCAUGUCAGGACAACAGCAGUGGACGCUUCUGGCCGUCAUGGCCCUCCUGGUGCUCACAGUGACAGCAGGCGAAGGGGGGAAAGCUGAGAAACAAGGUGAGAAACGGACAGAAUGGUAGCAGUCAGACAGACAGCUGAUAUAUGGAUGGAGGGGGAUCUCCUAUUACAGUACCUGCUACAAGGUGUGAAUGGUAAUUUGAUGUAAAUCUCAAAUCAGGUCAGAUUUGUGCAUAAAUACACUUUAAGCAGGGGGGAUCACUGUAGACUCACAAUGACAGAUGCAUAUCUCAGUGCUUAUAUAUUUGAAUACUUUGACCUGUCACUGUGGUAGUGUAGCUGUCGCUUGGCCUAAUUGCAGCCCGCAUAAUUAUGUCCCAGACAUGACUGUAGUAUAAGGUUGGUGUGUGUGUGUGUGAUCCUGCAGGGAAGAAGGAGCGUAAGUCGGACUGUGGGGAGUGGCAGUGGAGUGUGUGUGUGGCCAACGAGGGGGACUGCGGCCUGGGCACCAGGGAGGGCACACGCACUGGCACCGACUGCAAGCAGACCAUCAAGACCCAGCGCUGCAAGAUCCCCUGUAACUGGAAGAAACAGUUUGGAGGUGUGUGUGUGUGUGUGUGGUCAUGGGGAGUGGAUUCAAAACACAUUUACAAUACAGCACGAAUAUGACUGGUCUAGUGAUUUUAUGUCAUCACACACAAUGCAAAUUUGGUCAUAUUUGUUGUUGUGUAUCCAUGUCAUUUCAAGGGGAAAACAUUCUGCCAUUAAAUGGAGUAGGAUUUUUCAGUUUUGCUUCAAAUUCAGUGUUCAUGUAUGGACAUCCCCAGAGAAUGAUGGCCUGGUUCUGGAAAAAAACAGCCUGGGUAUAUCUCUAAACAGAGCAAUGAGCUACCUGCCACUAUCCCAUGUGUAAAGGACAUCACGCUGCUUGCUUAGUGAGUAUCACUUCCUCCUGAUUCGGCUCAAACCGAGGCUUGAACCCAGGAUCUCUGCUUUGCUAGCACACGUGACCGACCCUCUGAAUUGUCUUACCAGUCGGUGCCACGUGAAAAGCUAGCUAUUUGCUGGCGCAAGUGGGGACACUUCAGGCUGAGGAGUAUGUUUCACACAUCCUCAUGUGCUACACGUGUUCAUAGCCAAAUUAUUGGUACAGAGGCACACGCUUUUAGAGCCCACUGUUUUGAAGAUCCCUGUAGGAUUCCCAGAACAAUGGUCCUGUCAACCCCUCCUCAUCCCACUCCUCUCCCCUCCGCUCCCCUCAGCCGAGUGCCCUGGGAUUUCAGAGCCAGGUGACAGCGGGCCAAGCUUUUCUCUGAGAGGACUGGGGAAACAAGUGUCACAGCCAAGAGGGAGCUACGCCAGAGCCCAACAAAAGGAAGGGAGAGAGGGAUUGAGGGAAGACACACACACACACACACACGCACGAAUGCGGACACACACAUUCUUAUACACAAGAACGGGGCAUGGCUGUCCUUUCCUGGAACAGCCCUGCAUCCUCGGGGGAGGAGUUUAAGGAGGACUCUGAAUAUAAUGUAAAAUAAGAUCCUUAAUGAAAUCCAAUCUGUAGACUGCUUAAAGGUUUUCCUUACAUAAAGAGAAGCAAAGAUAAAGAGAUAGAGUGGAGGCCCUCUUUGAAAGGCAGAGGAUGCCAGACAGUCUGUGUAUGGGAAAGACAGAUGGAAUCUUCAGAGUGGAGAAACUGGAGAAUAAAGGAGAGAAUCCAUACACUGGCUAAAAACACGAUGCACCAGUUGGUGGUUGAUAAAGAAAGUCCUGGGGGUGAGAAUAGUUGGUUCUGGGGUUUUUGAUGAGAAGAUCAGAUUAUUUAAUGGAUAAAGCUCAAAUAAAUCAGACAUUUUAUGAAAGAAAUGCCUUUCCCAGUAAAAGAAAGCAUGUUCCACAACAGCAGCUCUCUGAGCUUGAGGAUCCAGGUCUUAAUUGCUUAUUCUAGGCCGAAAUAUGUAAUUACAUUUAAUUUGCAUUCAAUUUGCUUGAUCAGUUGUAUUCAACCUAUGGCAUGUCUUCUGGGUGCUACAAUCACCAUAAUACAGGCAACCUGGACUCAGGGGCAGAUGUAACAUAGUAAAACAAAUAUCUGGGACGCUCAAAUUAGUAUGAUAUGUUAUGUACUGCAAUUCAUACAAUAUAUUACGAAUUGGCAAUACGCAUGAUAUGUUAUGAAUUCCAAUUUGUUGUGAAUAAUGUUAGCUAGGUGGCUAGGUGGCUAACACUAACAUUAGCGAGGCUAGGGGUUAGGGUUAGAGGAAGGGUUUUCUAACAUGUGAAGUAGUUGCAAAGUAGUUACAAAGUAGUUGCAAAGCUGCUAAUUAGCUGAAAUUGUCUAUGAUGAGAUUCGAACACGCAACCUUUGGGAUCUUAGAUGUUUGCGUUAUACGCCUACCCAUCCACCCCGACCAACCACCCUCCAUUCGUUUUUUGCCUUAAGUAACCUUCUUAUGUAACAAUACCAAACGUAUACUAUGUUACGUCUAGUCUAUGAGACCAGCCUGCUAAAGGGGAGCUUGCGUUACCACUAAUGGGUGACAGAAGCAGAGUGCCAGUAAAUGUUAGUUUUUGUAUCUUAACCUAUACAGGUAUGUCUGUGGCUGUGACAAUCCUGUCAAAUGUUUUGUAUUGUACAUGUGUGUCCGUUGUAACCAUCCCUAUGUAGGUGAAUGCAAGUAUGACUUCCAGGCCUGGGGAGAGUGUGACAUGGCGACGGGGAAGAAGAACCGGACAGGGGUGCUGAAACGCGCUCUCAUGGAUGCCACCUGUCCUAACACAGUGAGCGCCACCAAGCCCUGCGGCAAGAUCCCCAAGACUAAGCUGCAAGGUAGGCUGAGUGGGAGUGUGGGACAUUAUACCAGCAGAGCCAUAGAUUUACAUAUAUAGUACACAUGUCUCUACCAGUACUGUAUAUCCUGAAGGAUUUGAAUGGUAAUCUAAACCACUGCAAAGGGAACACAUGUUUAGUGAAUAUUUAACUGGUGUAGGUACCAGUCAAUAAAUCACUGGGCAAAACGUCUAUAUACAGUACACGGUUGGAGAGGACACAAAACGAAGUCGAAGGAUCCAUUUUAAGCACAAUAGUCAAUACAUUGGAGAGUGAAUCUCCAUAAAUGUGCGGAAGCGUUGGAAACGGAUAUUACUCCCGGUUAAUUAAACAGUCAGAAAAGGACAAUUUUCACCUGCUCCCUUUGUGCUUUAUAUUUAAAGCACGUUGCCACUUUCAGUAAACUUUUGUAAUCCUAUAACCUUGCUAACGUAUAGUAAUUAGCAUAUUAUUUGGCAGUACUUUCACAGCUCACAUCGAUUACAUCCUGCUGAAGAUUCUAAAUCCUCUGAAUGAUUCAUGCUGCGAUAGUGCUAGACUUGUCAGAUAUUCAUAUUUAAUCCAUCUUCACUAUGGUGGAAUUAGCCCCUUCACUGAGCCUAAUAAGUUCAGUGGGAGUGAUUUCUAUAAGUCUCCAACUAGGGCGAACUAAGGUAAAUACAGUGGGGAAAACAAGUAUUUAGUCAGCCACCAAUUGUGCAAGUUCUCCCACUUAAAAAUAUGAGAGAGGCCUGUAAUUUUCAUCAUAGGUACACGUCAACUAUGACAGACAAAUUGAGGAAAAAAUUUCCAGAAAGUCACAUUGUAGGAUUUUUUAUGAAUUUAUUUGCAAAUUAUGGUGGAAAAUAAGUAUUUGGUCACCUACAAACAAGCAAUAUUUCUGGCUCUCACAGACCUGUAACUUCUUCUUUAAGAGGCUCCUCUGUCCUCCACUCAUUACCUGUAUUAAUGGCACCUGUUUGAACUUGUUAUCAGUAUAAAAGACACCUGUCCACAACCUCAAACAGUCACACUCCAAACUCCACUAUGGCCAAGACCAAAGAGCUGUCAAAGGACACCAGAAACAAAAUUGUAGACCUGCACCAGGCUGGGAAGACUGAAUCUGCAAUAGGUAAGCAGCUUGGUUUGAAGAAAUCAACUGUGGGAGCAAUUAUUAGGAAAUGGAAGACAUACAAGACCACUGAUAAUCUCCCUCGAUCUGGGGCUCCACGCAAGAUCUCACCCCGUGGGGUCAAAAUGAUCACAAGAACGGUGAGCAAAAAUCCCAGAACCACACGGGGGGGACCUAGUGAAUGACCUGCAGAGAGCUGGGACCAAAGUAGCUGGGACCAAAGCUGGGAACAAAGCCUACCAUCAGUAACACACUACGCCGCCAGGGACUCAAAUCCUGCAGCGCCAGACGUGUCCCCCUGCUUAAGCCAGUACAUGUCCAGGCCCGUCUGAAGUUUGCUAGAGUGCAUUUGGAUGAUCCAGAAGAGGAUUGGGAGAAUGUCAUAUGGUCAGAUGAAACCAAAAUAGAACUUUUUGGUAAAAACUCAACUCGUCGUGUUUGGAGGACAAAGAAUGCUGAGUUGCAUCCAAAGAACACCAUACCUACUGUGAAGCAUGGGGGUGGAAACAUCAUGCUUUGGGGCUGUUUUUCUGCAAAGGGACCAGGACGACUGAUCCGUGUAAAGGAAAGAAUGAAUGGGGCCAUGUAUCGUGAGAUUUUGAGUGAAAACCUCCUUCCAUCAGCAAGGGCAUUGAAGAUGAAACGUGGCUGGGUCUUUCAGCAUGACAAUGAUCCCAAACACACCGCCCGGGCAACGAAGGAGUGGCUUCGUAAGAAGCAUUUCAAGGUCCUGGAGUGGCCUAGCCAGUCUCCAGAUCUCAACCCCAUAGAAAAUCUUUGGAGGGAGUUGAAAGUCCGUGUUGCCCAGCGACAGCCCCAAAACAUCACUGCUCUAGAGGAGAUCUGCAUGGAGGAAUGGGCCAAAAUAACAGCAACAGUGUGUGAAAACCUUGUGAAGACUUACAGAAAACGUUUGACCUGUGUCAUUGCCAUCAAAGGGUAUAUAACAAAGUAUUGAGAAACUUUUGUUAUUGACCAAAUACUUAUUUUCCACCAUAAUUUGCAAAUAAAUUCAUUAAAAAUCCUACAAUGUGAUUUUCUGGAUUUUUUUUCUUCUAAUUUUGUCUGUCAUAGUUGACGUGCACCUAUGAUGAAAAUUACAGGCCUCUCCCAUCUUUUUAAGUGGGAGAACUUGCACAAUUGGUGGCUGACUAAAUACUUUUCCCCCCACUGUACAAGUAUUGAGCAGUACAAGUAUCAAAAUGUAAUUCUGUAUUCUCUCAGUAACUCCCAGAAGACAUCUGGACUCGUCCAUUUAAAGAAGACAAUUUGAGUCUCUUUCAAUUAUGUAAAGCAGUGAGACUGAGAUGGUCAUAUGAGAUAGUCCAAAUAUAACUACUUAUCACAGAACAUGACAUGGAGGAUUGCAGAUUGUGGUUUUAGUUGGCAAUUCGCCCAACAGACAUUAUAGAUUUCUAAUGUAUUUAGUCUCGAUUCAUUUCACCUCUCUGAUACAAUGAACUAAAUGAGUAUCUUAAUAGAAUAAUGACAUUUUGAUAUAAAUUAAAUUGCAUUUUCAAUAUUUAGGUGAGUCACAGUUAGUCCUGUUUGUCUAACUACUUCAUUCAAUGCGCUGAUGAACACUGGCAUUCAUUAUUCUUCAAACAGUGUUUAACAUAAGAAAUGCAUUUUUUGCUAUUCAGUUUGUUAUAAGAUGUAUACCUCAUGACCAAACUUGAUAAAAUGUUCCAAAAGUAAAUCAGAUUGAUACUUUAGUUCAAUACUCCAUCAUUAAUACAAUGACAGAAUGUUACCAAAAUGUGGAGGCCAACACACAGAUUAUCUAUUUUCCCCACAUAAAGGCUUUAUAAACAACUCCCACUUGUCCGUUAUUUAGCUGAUGACUCCAACUGUUAAAAUGAAUCAAGUGAGAGCAGAAGAUGUUUAAAAAUCAAAUGAAUGUUCCAUGAUGUUGCCAAUAAAGGACUCAUGAGGCUAGUGUGUACAUUAUGUCUAAUCUGACUGCGUUGUGAGAAGUAGGCUACUGUGGUGAUAUGUGGAGAGUGUGAACCUGGAACUGGGUUUGGCAGCAGCCCUGACAGUAAUCUGUUAUAUGAGAGGGUGUGCCAGAACAGAAUCUCCAGGAGUGAUGGGACAAGCACCUCUUUGUGUUUUAGGCAGGCGGCUAACAGUUAAGACAGUUUUCCUGCUCGAGGACAGAGAAAAACACGCACUCCUGUCAAUCUGAUUGGGAUUUUGGGUUCAAUUAAAGUUUCCCUCGCAUCCUAAUAACCUGGGAGUUAGGGAAAUCAAAAGGGUAAAAAGCUGGUAAAACAAAUCUCACUGUGAAGGGAAAAAACAUGUCAGAUUGACAGUGGAGUGGAACCCCUGGUUUGGGUAAUGGUUCUCGAAAAAACGACAAUAUCUUUACACAUUAGCCGAGCAAAGCCUAUUUAGGAUGUCACAUGUAAGGAAUCUGAUCCAAAUUAAAAUCAUAUUUGUGCUGGGGUAUUUCUUCGGCGCACAUGUAUUUCAGUGACAGAAAUAGCAAGAUGACACACAGAAAUAACAUUAUUUCUACAGUGACUAACAUUUCAUCGUAAUCUCUAUACAGUGUGUGUGUGUGUGUGUGUGUGUGUGUGUGUGUGUGUGUGUGUGCGUGCGUGCACAAGCACAUGAGCAGGACUCUAUAGCACUGUAGAAUGAUCAUAUACUCCCAAAUGAAUCCUGUGUGAUGAAGGCCAGUCCGAUUUUACGUCGGGCCUACUGCCCUGGGGAGGGUGAGAACCCACAGCAUGAAAGGAGGAGGAAGGGAUGACAGUGGAGGAGAAGAAUGGAGAGAGUUGAAAAGAGAGACCUGCUAUCUGAGAGUAUGAUUUCCCAUGUCUGCCAGUUGACAGAUAAGCCCUAGUAAGCUAAGGGGUUACUGGGAAACAGAGAGGCUGACAAUGUGUGUGUGUGUGCGUGUGUGUGCUUGCCUCUGUGUGUGUUGGAAGGGGAUUACGGCCAAGCAGAGUCGCAGAGGAGGGAUCAGAGGACUUGUAAUGAACCCCGGCUACAGAGCGAGGGACUAUCUCACUUCCGGCUGGGGCCACCAUAUCCGCCCAGUCAUAUUUGCAAUUCUAAACAGCCACCUUGUCUGCUGCUGCCAGGAGCAAUGGAGAAAACAUCUGUCAGGCCCAUAGUCUUGAGGAGACAAUGCAGCGAGGCAGCGAGGGAGCGAUCUGAGAUUCAGUGUCAGCUUCUCCCUAGUCUGACAUCAGUUAGAGACGGGCCCAACGGAAUGAAACGGAAAGGCCGGAGAACAGAGAGAGACAGAAAUGAAGCAGAAAUGAAACUUUUGGAAUACCUGUAGAAUUCUCCUAUUCUCCUCCCUCCUUACUCAAAAGAAUGAACAGGAGAGCCACAGUGGGGAGCGGAGAAUGACAGAGAUGAUUUUGGGGGAAACAAAAGGCUUUAUAGUUGUUUUGGGGCCGGCGAUGGUUUAUCAUUGCCCUGAGAAGGGCUGUGCUGUUGUGUCUCUGUGUACGAGACAGCCCAUUCAGACACUGAAUUCAGUCUUGUUGCACUGGAUUCUGUUUCACGGAAUCCCGGUUCAAAACAUAUUCUCUCCGAGCCGCUCUGGUUAUUAUGAGUCUGUGUCAAAAGUGCGGUGGCAGAAAUGAGAAUGGCGAGAGUACACAGUAAUGUGCCUAUGCAGCAGAAAGCACUCCGGCAUGGUGAGAGCUCCAAUCUCACAGACGGGGCUCUCAGAGAGAAUGUGUUUCUCUCUGUCUCCCUAGGGAGCCAAAUGUGCUGACAAAGACACGGGCAAAAACACAGUUAAACAAAUGGAGAGAGGAGCAGUUUCCUGUGUAUUUGAAUGAACACCCACAUCCCAAUCUCCAAACUUACAGAACUCUCUUGGCUUGAAUGAACACCCACAUCCCAAUCUCCAAACUUAAAGAACUCUCUUGGCUUUAUGAACACCCACAUCCCAAUCUCCAAACUUACAGAACUCUCUUGGAUUGUCCGCAAUAUGAUUGCAAUACGUGUGCUUAUGAGAAAUGUAUAGAUUAGAUACCAGGUCCCUGGAGCAUUGACGUCAGCAUUAUAUUUGAGGAGGAUUCUAGUGAUUGAACACUCAUUAUGCAUGUUAGUGGCACAGGAAACAUCUGGUAGGCCAUCAUCAAUCAGUUAGACACUUGCGAUUCAUGAGUCAUCUCUAGGUUUGUGCAUUGGCCUGAUGCAUAUCUGCCCUUACAACGGGUUCAUUUAUGCCCACUUAUUCAUGAUUUGUCAAUUCUAUACAAGCAAGUAAUCCUUAAAUAUGUAUUUACCGAUGGAUUGCAUGUUUAUGUUUAUCAGGGAUAAAAGAUUAGCAUCUGGGUGAUUUACAAUACUUUAGAUUAUGAUUAUCAACACAUCCUUCACAUUAAUGCUCCAAUGCUGAUCGGAUGUUUCACAUAGAUUAUUAAAGGGCAUGUAAAGGAUAAGCAAAUGAUUACUCAAUGUUUACAUGACUUUGUUAAUGUUUAAUGCUGUCAUGAAUGGCUUAUUGUACUGUUUAUGAGUUGGGUCGGUACUGUAUAUUGGCUAAUGCUGCAUUGGCGGUGAAUAGAUCGAUUAAUGUGUUGUAAAUUCAAAUCCAGUUUGAAUCAUUCUAAUAUUUUGCAGUGGAGCAGUAACAUACAGUAGUAUUCAUGAGUGUUUUCUAAAAGUUUUAUGUUGAGGAAGUUUUUUCUGAUUAGCUGGAGAGGGUGCCAAGGCUUUCAUCAACAAAGUGAUGUGGGAGGAUCUUAAACAAGUGGCAAGUGGGAACUUGCUUUAGAUCAGGUACAGAGACGAAACAAACAGGUGUUGAUUAGCCAGUUGACAUCUACAUCUGUUCCCGCCCACCAACAACAUCCCACCGUGUCAUCUACAAUGAUAGGAGCUCCGGGGGGAAAGAGACUUUAGGAGAUGAGUCGUGCCUUUUCCUUGUUGUUUAUUUUCCCCCUCACUCUCUUCUAAACACAGACAGGCAGACAGACACAGCUAGACAGACAGGCAGGCAGACAGAUAGACACAGACAGGCAGACAGACACAGACAGACAGACACAGGCAGACAAGCAGACAGACAGACAGCCAGAUAUGCAGACAGACAGAUAGAUAGAUAAUGUAGAUAGAUAGACAGACCGCAGAAUAUGUAGAGGGGGAGGUUAUGUUGCACCUGCUCAUCAGACCAGAGGGAGGGGUGGUCUGGACUGUGGUUCCUGUCACGGUUGCAAGGUACCAAAGCCGCUCUUGUGGGAUGAUGAUAAAGCACUUUUCAUAUUUGUCCACAUGCACAGUAAACCUGCACUCCUCAGGCCAUUAACAACACACCCAGGGAAUGAGUGAGAGAGACAGGAGCUUGAAGUGGAGUGCCAGUUAAGGCCCAUACUUAAACAAUUAUCAAAAUAUAUUCCCUGUUUGAAGACCAAUGACAAGUUCCACUAAAACCCAAAUGGUUGAUGAUACCUGAAAAACUGUCAAAUUCACUUUUCAUGGAAGACUGUCUGAAAGGCAGAUUAUGAUCUUCAAAAACCUUCUGACUGCAGGGUAACUGACAGUAUGGAUGUAGAUUCUAACCCGAUGCUCACCUGUUCUUGCAGACGCCAAGAAGCCGAAGCGGGAGGGGAAGAAGAGGGAGCGCACUCCGAUGGACUAGUGGUGCAUCAUGGGAAGCAGGAAGUGAAAGGUGAUGCUUAUACUGCCCUAUCUCAACAUGUCCUAUUUGUUUGUCCUGUAGGUUUAUAGGGACCUGUAGAAGCUACACAACAAAGAGUUGGAUAGAAGUGAUACAAUUUCUUUCUUUCCUAAUUUCUCAUAGGAAAAUCUUGUAGGGGACUUAAUACUCUGUGUGAAUAAUGCAAAUUAAGCAUUUCUUACUAAAAUGCUUACCUAAUAACAUUUUGCAGGGCAAUAUUUGGAAAAACAAAAUAAAUUUUUCGUACUACAUAACAUCAUUUUUGUUUGAGGUGACAAAGUUAUUCUCACUCAAAUUAAAAAUCCUUUCUUUCAUGUCUUGAUUUAAAGCAGCUUAAAGUUAAAACCUCAUGCCUUUAUUGGGGUUUUAAAGGUUAUUUUGUUGGUACCCUCAACAGCAAAAUUGCUAACGACUUUUGUAACCAUUUUUGAGGGCAUACAUUAUUAACAAGAAACAUAAGUACUCAUUGAUGUAAAGGAAAUUCCUUUCAAAAGUUAUCUACAGUGAAAGAUGUAAACUAUUGUCAGUUGACUGUAUAAAUUAGCUACUGUACUGUACAUGUGUUAGUGUGUAAGAUAUUGUGUCCAGUAUUAGUUCUUCCUGUUAUUAUACCUCACUUUGUAGUUCCCCUGCUCUCCAGUUGAACUCUGAGUAAAACUGUUAUUGUAGUUUCCAACUGGAGUUGACCUGUCCUAAUUAUCGAUUACAUUAAAAAAAAUAAAGUUUGAAAUUAUGUCCAAAUA